AUGAUGGUUUCAUCCUCCAAAAUUGUGUUCUUGGUUCCAAUGUUAAUAACUAUUCUUGUUGCUUUGCAGGUGACUAAUGGUGAAUAUAAGUCUGAAGGUUUUUUUCCUGCCGUUAAUGUUGCGAUUAGGAACAACAUGAGUGAUACUCCAUUACGUCUUCAUUGUAAAGAUAAAAAUAAGGAUGAUGGGUUUCAUACACUCAAUUAUGGUGAAAUCCACAGCUUCUCUGUCGUGUAUGUACCUUAUGUGGGACAUUGCUUAUGGUUUUGUCGAUUUUCAUGGGGUCACUUUAAAUGGGAAAGAGAAUAUCACUACUUUGACAUUUUUGUACAAAACAGAGAUGUCAAAUAUUGUCCAGCACACUGCAAUUGGUCGAUAAAUCGUGAUGGAGCAUGUAGAAUUACCGAAACAUCUUUUGAAUGUUUUCCAUGGAAUUAUGAUGAGAAUAAUGCUCUUAAUGUGUAA